AUGAAAGCGCUAAUGGAUGAAACUGAAGCGCAAUCGACGUUCACUGCUUCUACUAGUUUGGAAACUGAAGGAACAUCUGGUCCAUUGGAUUGUUCACUUAACAAAUUGUCUACUUUAAUUGGACACAACAAUUUUUCAAUCCUUGGAAUGCUUCAGAAUUGUGCAAUAUUUUACAUUCUGGGUGAAAAUAUCAAAUCUGAAAGUAACAUUGAUCUAUUCGAAAUUGAAGGUUCAUUGGGUCGAUGCCAAUUGACACAACCAUUAUUUUAUCGCCAAAAUAAUGAAUAUCAAUUAUUGAUAGCUCAAAAGAUGAGUGUUUAUACUGGUCAAUGCAUAUGGCAAAACCGUUCCGAUGUUUACCUCAGUUGUUUAUUUGAUCGAAAACAAUGGCAAAAGCAUUCCGUUAAACCAUCAACUAGCGAUGAUACGGAAAUAAUUGGACAUAUUACGGACGUUGAUACUAACAUUCUUCAUGUUUUUUACAAUGAUGAAAAUGGAAUUAUUCAUGAUGCAACGUAUAAUGCAUCAUCAGAGAGAUUUAUCAAACAAGCAGUUUUGCAGCAAAAAAAUUUAAAAAAAUUAUCCUACGAUUCAGAUCGUCAAUUAAUGUAUAUGCUAACAAAUGAAAUGGUUUAUCAAAAAGUAAAAAGUAACUUUGGUAUUUUUUCCUAUGAACCAACUUAUGCUAAAGUAAAUAAAUUUACCCGAGGCAGCUAUUCAACUUUUUCAUUCAGCAACUCUUAUUAUAUUAUUAAAAAGACUUUAGGUGAUGGUCGUAUAGCGUAUUAUGCCGGAAAAGAAGGUAUUCCUGAACAGGUAUGCAUUGCAGAAGUGCAACCGGAUGAAACACUUUAUAUGUCUCUAUUCGUAGGCCUAGAUGAUAGAUCAUCAGUUCAUGAACGAAUUCGAGCACAAAUUGCGCCCAAAACUGAGCCAAAUGAGCCUGAUUUACAAACGAGCACAAUAUAUAUGGCUGCUGCUAGGCCAUCAUUUCAUACUAUUUCAUCUACUCUCUUUCUACUAUUCUUAUGUACUACUAUUUUUAGGUAA